UUCUGUCCUCCAACCUCCUCAGCUGUUUAGUAAGUUCCUCCCUAUGAAAUGAAAGCUGCUUUCUACUUAACGUUGGAGGACUGUUUUCCUUUCAGAGGGCAGAAUAUUAGUAAACUCAGUUUUGUGUGACCCUGUUUUCACCCAUGCAGGACAGAAGGAGGUACCUCGUCACUGCGCUGGAGCGGAUCAUGCAGACUUACCCUACAGACAUGGAGGAGGAGAAGACCAUGCUGAUGUUGGCCAUGCUCUUGGCCAAAAAGGUGGCUGAUCACACACCAUCCUUGCUCCGUGAUGUCUUUCGCACAACAGUGAACUUUAUUAACCAGAACCUAUUCACCUAUGUGAGGAACUUAGUCAGAAAUGUAAGAACCAGUGAUGUCAGCUCCAUGGUGUUUCACUAAAUCCUCUUGGUCUCUGCCUGGUCCCUCUAAGGUCUGGAAACCCAGCAGAACUCUCUGCUGCAGGGCUUCUUUCAUUCUUUCUCCCUGUGCUUCUGGUGACUAAACCAUAAGAGAGGCUUAGGGACCUUCUUGCUCAGGUAGAAAGGCUUGGUUUUGCCUCUGUGACAAAGUUGUGUUGUAGAAGGUGGUGAUGAGCACCUAAUGCCCUUUUGAGCUCCAUCAACGUUAUUUUUAAGACAGGGGCACCUGGGUGGCUCAGUCCUG